AUGCCUCAAGUCCUUGCCUUCUGUAGAACAGCAGAUUUUACCCAGCAAGGGAAGAACGCAAUCGUUUCAGCCCCUGACAAACCAUCGGAAAACAUCCCAUCGACACCUGGCAAUGCGCUUCGUUCUUCUCCUCUCCUUGAUGGCAUCUGGCCUUCCUGGCCUGCCUUUUGGCGCCGCCGCUCCGCUUUUAUUCACCAGCUCCUUGAGCCUGAAGGAGCGCACCUCGAAAUCCCUGCACCCGAAACAAGAGUUCCCAAGCACGACCUCAAGUCUAAUGUCAAGAACCAUGGUUCAUGCUCCAUCUUCCAAAAGCCCUCCCACAGCUCCAUUGCCGAACACGGUCAAGAGAUCAAAGGAUACGCCCCGCCCGACAAGAAGACAGCAAAAAGCCUCAGCAGCCGAAGUGCUGAUGUCGACAAUGUCGAUUCCCACUUGACCAUACGCGCCACCGCUCCCGAUUCAGCCAAGGACCCUGACUACAACAAAAAGAACGGGUACUGGGUACCUAUAGAACCCGUGUAUUAUGUCCUUAUGGGUAUGGGUAUCGUUCUUGCUAUACACCUUGUCUAUCUCCUUGUGCGGUGUCUUGUCGGUGGGAAGGAUACUGUCAAGUAUCUGAGAACGUGGCAGGGGACGGUAAAGAAGCAUUGGGCAAGAAAGGCUGAGAGGAGGACGGCGAAGAAUGAAGUGGUGGCUCCAGCUUAA